CAGCAUCAAGCUCAGUCUCCCAAAUCACACUUGUUCUCAUCCUCUCCAAAAUCAACUUCAGUUCAUCGAAAGCCUAGGAGUGAGGUCAGAAAGUGCCGAAAGAUUUAUGGGAUGGAAAACCGUGAUCAGUGGUGCACUCAGUGUAAAUGGAAGAAAGCUUGCAGUCGCUUUCAAGACUGA